UAGUCCCUACAAAUCAACUACGUUCUCACGUUCUCAUUCACAAAGCCCUUUCUCGAACAAACUAAGAUCCAAGUUGCAGAGGCCUUUUCUCGCAAAAUCUGUUUUACGAUUGUGUUGCUCGUCAUCAUCUUUGACAAUACUGUGUUGCUGAGGUGCAGGUGAGAUCAACACUGGCCAGGUAUCGUAAUAUUCAUCUUUACAUUGGAUACUCAUGUUCGACUUUCAUCUUCAUCUCCAUCUUGGUUCACAAAUACGUUGUCUUGGAUUUUAAGGUUUAUGUUGGUAUUUGUUUUAGGGUUUAUUUCGAAAUUUUAUUUACAAUUUGAUGAAAUUGGGGUUCUGAGGUUAAUAAUUUUUUGGGGGUUUUUGUAGGGUUGCAAUUACUUGUAAUUUUUUUCAUCUUAAUCUUAGGGGUUUCUUUCGAUUUUAGGGUUUAUUUUAGGGUUACCUUUAUUUCAAAAUUUCUUUCUGAUUUGAUGCAAUUAAGGUUCUAUGGGUUAAUAAAUUUAUUUUUUAUGAUAUUAAUUACGAUUAUUUUUAUAUUUUUCUUCUAUCUUCGUCUUCAUUUUGGGAGUUUAUUUUAGAUAAUGUGAGAUUAUGGUUCUGUUAAUUUAAAAUUACGGUUUUUUUAGUUUUUUUUUUUCCUCUUUCCUUAGUUGAUAAUAUUUCUGUGAAUUCUUUAGUGUUAAUUAAUUUUCUGAAUUACUGGAUUUUUGUUUCUGUUUUUUAAAAUUACGGUUUUUUUAGUUUUUUUUUUUUUUUUGCCCUUUUUCCUUAGUUGAUAAUAUUUCUGUGAAUUCUUUAGUGUUAAUUAAUUUUCUGGAUUACUGGAUUUUUGUUUCUGUUUUUUAAUCUUCUAGGUUCUGUAAUGGACUUUUUACAUACUUUGUUGGUUGACUAUCAUGGUCACAUUCAUCCAUUGAGUAAUAUAGACCCUAACAUGUAUAAUUUCCUAGAGCUUUUUUCUGAUGCAUGUGAGGCUGCACUUAGUAAUGUUCCUACACAGUCUGGGUUAUCAAUGAAGUUGUACUACCUUGAUAGUAAUAGAAGGAGAUUUAGACGUACUUGAGAUGUUUCAAAUGUAUGCAGGUUCUAUAAACAUAGAUAUCUUUCUAGAGGUUCAUGAAAUUGAUGAACAUUUGACUGUAAUCAGAGAUGAUAAUGUAGAUGAGAAUGAGGCUAUUCACAAUGUGAGCCCACAAAAUGGAAGUGGACAGGAAAAGGGUGUAGAGAAUGCAACUGCAGAGGAUAUGAAUUCUGAUGAGAGUGAUGAAGACUAUGUUUUCAGUGGGGAUAAUGAGGAUGAAAUUUAUAUUGUGGUUGAUCCAGUUCACCUAGAGGUUGAGAGCCUUGAUGAUGACGGUGAUUCUAGGCUUUCUGAUUACAAUUCCAAUGACAGUGAGGGGAAUUUUUCUGAUAGUAGUCUUGAAAUAGAAGGGAAAACGGUUAAUAUCCACAAGUAUAUAAAGGGUAAAAGGUUUAGGUAUGGUGAUAAUGGUAAAAUAGAGUUGGAAAAAGCUCUUUUGUUUGACGAUGUGAAUCAUUUCAGGAAGGUGUUAAGGAAAUAUGCUGUCCAAAAGGGUUUUAGGCUUGUUAGAAAUAAGAAUGAGAAGGCUAGGGUCACUGCCCAUUGUGGCAAUGAAGGCUGCAAUUGGCGAAUUCGUGGCACCCCUUUAGUUGACAAGGUAACAUAUAAAAUAAAAACACUUGCCCCUGACCAUACUUGUGUGAGGGUGAACAAACUCAAAGAUGUUACUUCAACUUGGAUAGCCCAAAAGUGUGCAAAGAAGUUAAGAAACCAACCUGAAAUGAAUGUGAAAGCUUUACUAGAAGAAGUAAAGGAAAAAUUUGGGGGUGUUAAGGUUCCUGAAUACACAUUAUACAGGGCAAGGAACAGAGCCCAACUUGAAAGUGAGGGCUGUCAUUCCGAGGCAUUCCAAAAAUUGCCUCUAUAUGCAGCUGAGGUAGAAAGAACUAAUCCAAGUUGUAUGGUCAGGAUUAAGAGGAAUCCAGACAACAGUGAGAUGUUUAAGAGUAUGUUUAUGUCAUUUUCAGCACUAAGAAGAGGGUUUAUUGAUGGCUGCAGGCCAUACAUUGGUUUGGAUGGGUGUCAUUUGAAAGGUCCAUAUGGGGGUGUUUUGUUAAGUGCAAUUGCUUUGGAUGGGAACAAUGGCCUGUUUCCCAUAGCAAUUGCAAUUGCUGAUGGUGAGACAAAGGAAUCAUGGACUGAUUUCUUGACAAAUUUGUAUGACUUGAUUGGGGAUAGUGCUGAGACAACACCAUGGACUUUCAUGAAUGAUGGGCAGAAAGGAAUACUUUAAGCUUUAGAAGUUGUUUUUCCUUAUGCACAAAAGGAGAUGUUGUAGGCACAUUUACAACAACUUUAAAGUGUUGUUUCCUGGGCUGAGAAUGAGAAGGUUGUUUUGGAAUGCAGCAAAGGCAUGCACUGCCCAUAAUUAUCAAAGAGAACUCACAAAAAUCAGAAGCCAUUCAGAAGGGGCAUAUAACUGGCUUGUAAAUCACUCGUUGGAGACAUGGUGUAGGCAUAGGUUUGAUCCAAGAGUUAAAUACGAUAAUGUUUCAAACAAUCAUGUAGAGUCUUUUAAUUCUUGGUUGGGAGACAUCAGGAUGAGAUCUGUUUUGGGUAUCAUGGACACAAUAAGAAGCAAACUAAUGUGCAGGCUACAAAAGAGUUAUCAGAGAGGGUUAGGUUUGGAGAACUUGACUGCAGCACCUAAGUUGAGGAAAAAAUUGAAUAAGGCAGUAAAGGAUAGUGGGAAGAUAGAAACACUCUUUUGGGCAAGGGGUACUAAAUAUGAGGUGACACAAGAUGGAUUUAUAUUUGUUGUGGAUUUGGGCCCAAAAACUUGUUGUUGCAGGGCUUGGGAAAUUUCUGGAAUUCCUUGCCACCAUGCCGUGGCAUGCAUCAAUUACAGUAGGUUAAACAUUGAGGAUUAUUGUCAUAGUUACUAUAGUAAAGAGAAGUACAUGAAAACCUAUGACAAUAUGAUACACCCUCUGCACCAUGAAACCUUGUGGCUUGAAGUACCACAUGCCCCUCUUGAGCCACCUAUACUGAAGAGAAAUCUUGGCAGACCUAAGAGGGUUAGAAGAAGGCAGAGUGAUGAACCUUUGGCUAUGAAGAGGUCAUCUAUAGUAACUUGUAGCAUUUGUAAUAUUGUGGGGCACAACAAAAGAGGAUGCCAAAGGGCACCAACAGCAAGAGCAGCAAGAGAAGCAGCUGCAGGUCCUUCAAGAGCUGCAUGUCCAUCAAAAGCUACGACAAGCAGAGGGAGAGUUGGCAAGUUCAGUGUGUCAAAUGUAGGUGGUCAUGGUGGCAACAGUGGCAAAGGACCUAGAGUUGGGAGAGGUGGCAACAAUACUCAGUCCAGUGUACCAAAUGAUGCGGUGAUUCCUACUGCUGAGAGUAGGAAUUAAAUUUCUUAUUUGAACAGGCCAUUAUUUUUGUUUUUUGGGACAUUGACAUAACCAAAUUUGACCUACCAAAGUAUAUAGUAGCUGCUGAAGAAUUGUUUAGCCCCAUUGUAAGUUUUUGUUGACAUGGGCAAUAUUGGUGAUGUAAUUAGGGCUAAUGGUGAUAUGUUCAGCCCAUUGUCUAUUUUUGUUACUGUGGGCUAUAUUGGAAAUGUAGUUAGGUCUAAUGAUGAUAUGUUCAGCCCAUUAUAUGUUUUUGUUGAUAUGGGCUAAGGUUAUGUAAUUGACAAUUUCAAACUAUUUUAGGGCUAAUGUUAUGUAAUCAAGGCAGGUUCUGGAAUUAAGACAGUUUCAAGCUUCAGUUUA